UGCUUGCUGUCCUUCACAUCAUAUCAUGAAAUUUGAGUGACUUAACAGAAAAAACAAAAAUAGGAAGUGACUUGAAUGCUAUUCUUGGGAAGUAUAAAGAUAGAUGUGCAAUUUUUAAGGUCAUCAGCAAAACUCCAAUUAUCCACUCCCUCCAAAAAAAAUCUCUUCUUUCUCCAUUUCAUACUCCAAGCAAACACCAUAAUCCGUCAUUUAUGGCAUUUUCCACUGUAUUUUCAGCGACCACUUUGCAUUUCAAACCACUCUCUUCAUCUCGCCCGCAAACCAAUUCAAACAAGCAACGCCCCUCUAACAAAAACCCGAAAACCCGGAAGUUAAAAUCUCUAAGUUACCCGCCGCCGGCGCUCCACUCCAGUGCCGUGGAAGGUGGAGAUGCUACAACUUUCACCCGCUUACCUCCGAAAGAUGAUUUUAUCUUCGACAAUUUAGCUUCACAAUCACUUAGUGAAGAGAUUAAGCUUUCCGAUUCUAACCCCGCAGCUACUACAACUAGGAAACUUGAUGAGAAGCUUGGAGAAAAAUAUGGGUUUGAUUCAAGAAAUGGUAUUAGUCAGGAAAAUUUGGGUCUUGGCUAUGAGGGUUAUGAGGUGACUGAUGAUCUUGAUGAUGAGAAUGAGGGAAAUGAUGAGAGGAGUGGCAAGAACAUGAGAUUUGAUUACGGAAGGUUUGAACUUUAUGAAGUUGGUUCGGAUGAUGAGCAUGAUGAUGAAGACGAUUUUGACGGGGAAGAAGGUUUAAUGGUGUUUGAGAGUGAAGGAGUUGAAGAAGAAGAAGAUGGAACUAAAGAGAAAGAGAAAGGGGUUCCAGCGGUGAUGAGAUGUUUUGAUAGGGCUAAAAUAUUCGUAAAAGCAGGGGAUGGGGGAAAUGGGGUGGUAGCUUUUAGGAGGGAGAAGUUUGUGCCUUUAGGGGGACCAUCAGGUGGGGAUGGUGGGAGGGGUGGGAAUGUAUAUGUGGAGGUUGAUGGUGCUAUGAAUUCAUUGUUGCCGUUCAGGAAGAGUGUACAUUUUCGGGCUGGGAGAGGAAGCCACGGGCAGGGGCAGCAGAAGAACGGGGCGAAGGGUGAGAAUGUGGUGGUUAAGGUGCCCCCAGGGACCGUUGUGAGGGAGAGUGGUGGUGAUGUGCUGUUUGAGUUGUUGCAUCCAGGGCAGAGGGCAUUGUUGUUGCCAGGAGGUAGAGGUGGGAGGGGCAAUGCGUCGUUUAAGACAGGAAUGAAUAAGGUGCCCAAGAUUGCAGAGAAUGGAGAAGAAGGGCCUGAAAUGUGGCUAGAGUUGGAGCUGAAGUUGGUAGCAGAUGUUGGGAUUGUUGGAGCUCCAAAUGCUGGGAAAAGCACGUUUCUUAGUGUAAUCAGUGCUGCUCAGCCAGCCAUUGCAAAUUAUCCCUUCACAACUUUGCUUCCAAAUCUUGGUGUUGUUUCUUUUGAUUAUGAUGCCACAAUGGUAGUUGCAGAUUUGCCUGGACUAUUAGAAGGGGCUCAUCGAGGUUUUGGGUUAGGCCAUGAGUUUCUACGGCAUACGGAGAGAUGUUCAGUUCUGGUGCAUAUAGUUGAUGGUUCAUCAGAGCAACCAGAAUACGAGUUUGAUGCUGUUCGCCUAGAGCUGGAGAUGUUUAGCCCUGAACUUGCUGAAAAGCCUUAUAUAGUAGCAUACAACAAAAUGGAUCUACCAGAGGCAUCUGAAAAUUGGCCAUCGUUCAAGGAAGCACUGCAAGCUCGUGGCAUUGAACCUUUUUGUAUGAGUGCGGUUACUGGAAAUGGCACCCAGGAAGUCACAAAUUCUGCUUAUGAGCUUGUAUGCAAAAAUGCAGCAAACAAAGAAGAAGGUAUACUGGAUCCAACAGAUUUGGAUUACGUAGCUGAUAUGAUGCAGAAGCAGCGCGCAGCUCCUAUAAGUGAGUUUGAGAUCUCACACGAUAGCAGCACCAAAACAUGGCAUGUGAUGGGAGCAGGCUUGCAGCGUUUUGUCCAAAUGACCAACUGGAGAUACAAAGAUUCCGAGCGAAGAUUUCAACAUGUUCUUGAGGCAUGUGGUGUUAAUAAAUCCCUCAUGAAGCUAGGCGUGAAGGAGGGUGAUACUGUCAUUGUUGGAGGGAUGGAGCUGGUGUGGCACGAUGCUCCAGACUCGUCAGGCCCAACAAGUGGGAAGAAAUGGGCAGCAGAAUCAGUUGAAUGACUUGCAUUCAGAUCAUCUCUCAAGGUCAAAUUAUCAAAAGGCAGAACUGAAUGAACCCAAAGAUUAGCAUUUUCCCACUGCCUGGAGUUAGAGCUUUAGUCUUGGAGUUGAGCAAAGAGGUAAACAAGGGACCAUGGAGCAGGGAUGAGAAGAAGAUUUGAAAGCGUAAGUUAUUGAGUGAGAGAGAGAGAGAGUUUGAGACACACCUUUGUUGCAUUCAUUUAACAUCGUCUCUAAUCUUUGGAUGCAUUGUCCGAGAGUUGCAUGCAUGGGUGUGGACUUAUGAACAGAUGAAGCGUCAGCCGAGCAUGUAGAUGUUAGUAAGUGUAUGAAAUCCCAAUAUAUUUGCUGUUGGAUCCAAACCUAUGAAAUCCCAAUCUUGGAAAUUUUCAA